ACUCGACGACCACCCUUUUCACGCUUCAAACCGACGUCCAAUUGCCUUAUGAUUGACAUGACCGCGCCCGACUCGCAUUCCCUACGCCCGUAAUCCACGCCUAAUACUACCUACCUAUCCUCGACUCGCGCCUCCGCUGCUGCUGCUGCUCCCGCCAUGGCCAGCCCCGACCCCACGCCCGCGCCCUCGUUCGCGCCCGCCGCGCCGCCCAACCCCGAGCUCGACAUCCCCAAACUGCACACGCUGCCGUCGGAGCAGCAGGAGCUGUACCUGCUGACCUUCACGGCGGAGCUGGCGCGGCAUGCGGCGUCGCUCGACGCCGACGGGGCCUCGGCCUACCAGGUCUACGUCAAAAAGGAGGCCUUCAAGGUGCUGACGCUGGCCUCGCCCGCGCCCACGCGCGUCGUGCGCGCCAACCUGGGCCGCGCCCUCGCCGACGUCUUCGCCCGCGGCGACCGCAAGCUGCUCUUCGAGAGCGUCAACGAGCUCGUCGCCCUGCUCGCCCAGAGCCAAAAGGCCGACAAGGAGCUCAAGGCCAAACACGCCGCCGCCCACUGCCUGGGCGCCGUCUUCGAGGCUGCCGGUGAUAGCGCCAUCGGCCUCAGCCCGCUCGUCGCCCAGACCCUGUUGCGCCAGCUUAAGCCCGCUCAGGCACAUGCUGGCUUCCGCGCCGCCCUCUUCCGCGCCCUGGGCCGCGUCGCGCGCGGCAUCGGUGGGAGCAUGGAUGAAACCGUCGCUCGCGACGCGUGGAAGCAGGCGCGCAAUGCCGCCGGUGGCGACAAGGCGUUUGUUGUGCAGACGGCCGCAUGCUGGUGCCUGGAGACGAUGGUCCGCUGCACGCCCUACUUCGACAACUCCAACGACUUUGAAAAACUGCAGGGUGUGGUGUGGAAGGCCAUCGAUAAUGCGUCACCAACGGUGCGGCACGCCGCUGCGGCCGCGUUGGCUGCCGCACUGGUCAGGAGCUAUUCUGAAUUCCCAGCCCGCGACGCCGUGCCCAAGAUUAAGAAACCGAAGAAGGCGAAGAGGCAGAGCGCCGUCAUAGACGGUGAUGAAGAAAUGUCCGACAGGCCUGGUUCUCCGGCGCCUACGAAGCCCAUUACGCAACUGGCUUUUUCCCUUCCCGAGCUGCUGAAGCAGCUCAGCGCGCAGUACGUCCGGACCUCCUCCAGCAACCGCACGAGAACGGGCAUCGCCGUGUGCUACAUGAAGGUUGUAAGAGGUCUUCCGAAAGGCGUCAUCGAAUCCAAGUAUGGCGAUAUCGCGAAACACCUGCUCAAUGAUGUAUUGAGCGUGCCGAGCAUCACCAACAACCGCUACCGCCAGCUUAUCACCCGCAAGUUCGUUUCUCUGAUUCUGGAGGAGGUUAUUGGCCGCCAAAUCUUAGGAGAGACUGGCCAAUUGAAUGCUGCGCGAUUCCUGCUCAACGACAUCUUGCGCGACUAUCCUCCGGCGUUGAAGGAAAGACCAGAGCCGAGCAAGCAGUCUCUCACGGCGGCGCUGAUGACUUUGACGUCUUUGACGAAAAGCUUGGGAUCCGCCAUCAACACUCUGGCAGACCUGUGCAGAGAGGCUUUGCUAGGCGUGCUGCAGCACCCAAGUUACUCCGUCCAGAUCCAUGCUUCGGCCUGCCUGCGCGCUUUUGUGCUGGCAUGUCCGCAGCAGCUGAUCCCUGCCGUCACGAUCUGCAUGAACAGCGUCAACCGCGAGCUCGGCCAGCUUUCCAGCGGCCGCGGCUCCCCAAGGAAGUGUGUCGGUUUCGCCAACGGGCUGUCUGCAGUCCUGAGCACGACGUCUUCUCAACCGCUGUAUGGCUCCGUCGACGUCAAUUCCAGAGUUUUGCAACAGGCCACGACUCUGCUCAAGAGCAGCAGCAGCUCCGAUCUCAAGAUCUCCAGCACGCAGAUCCAAGUCGCAUGGAUCCUGAUCGGCGGCCUUAUGACGCUUGGUCCGAACUUUGUCAAGAUCCACCUUUCGCAGCUGCUUCUGUUGUGGAAGAACGCCCUGCCCAAGCCGCUGAACAAGGACAGCAUGACCAGCCGCAACCUCCUCGAUCUUAGCUUCCUCGCGCACGUGCGCGAGUGCGCGCUCGGCUCGGUUCUCACGUUCUUGGAGUACAACGGCAGGCUCCUCACAACCGAUGUGACGAAGAGGCUCUCGGCCAUGUUGGCCAACACGACCAUGUUCUUGAACAGUCUUCCUGCCAAGAAGACGACCGACGACGCGGCGCAACGCCUCUCGCCGUCUCUGCAGCUGCACGACUUUGAUCUCAUGGUCCGCCGCCGCGUGCUGCAAUGCUACACCAAGCUGGUGAACCUGAGCCCCGCGAACAACAAUGAAAUGCUGCUGCAGACGAAUCUGCUCCCGUUCGCGGUAUCCUCGUUCGCUGACCCUGAAAACUACGCGCCGUCGGGCAGCUCGCUGAGCGCUAGCAUUGCGAGCGCGGCUGGGGCGUUUGAGAGCGUCUGGGACGUCGGCGACAAUUCUGGAUUCGGUCUUACAGGACUUGUGAGGGGCUUUGAUGUCAAGCCGUUGGCGGGGGAGAUGGGUGAGCGGAAGAGACAUUGGAUGAGUAGGCCGGGCCCUGAAGACGCUGCUGAUGCGGAGCUGCUUUCACCCAUCUCCAGCGCACGUGAACAUGAUUCGAUUUCUUUGUAUAUUUCGAAGAGCGGCGACGUGGACGAUCUCCCCGACCCGCCUUCCACGGAGGUCGUCAACUCGGCGGUGAAUUUGUUCGCCAUCUUGCUUCCGUUGCAGACGCCAAAGGUCCAGGAGAGCAUUUUGGAGCAGAUUUCUUCUUUCCUGUCGGCGGUCAGCUUGCAGAGGGAUCCGUACAGAAAGGCGGCAAUGGAGGUCAAUAUUGCGACGGCAUUGUUGGGGGCCCUGAAGGUCGCGAACAAGGAGACGCUGUCCACUUCCGGCGACCUCAGAGGCGCAGCUGUGGAGAGGGUCUUGCAGGAGCUGCUCCACCAGCUGAUCGUGCACACGGACCAGUACGUGCGCAACAUUGCGUGCGAGGCUCUCGGCCGCCUGUGCAGUACCACGGGCAACACGUUCACGACUGCCGAAGUCAACUUCCUCGUCGAGCAGAUUGUGGCCAACAGGGAGCCGCACGUGCGGUCGGGCUGCGCCGUUGCGCUCGGCUGCUUACACUCGCAGCUCGGUGGCAUGGCCGCGGGCUUCCACCUCAAGAACAUCCUCAGCAUCCUCAUGUCGCUCGCCAGUGACCCGCACCCGGCCGUCCACUUCUGGGCCCUGGACAGCUUGUCCAAGGUUGCCGACUCGGCGGGCCUGAGCUUCUCGGGCUACGUCACCAGCACGCUGGGCAUGCUGGCGCAGCUGUAUGUCGCCGAGUCGCAUAACGACGAGGUCGGCCCGCUGGCGUCGUCGAAUUUGGAAACGGACUUACCCACGCCCGCCGUCAUUGCGCGCUGCGUCGACAGCAUCAUCAACGUCUUGGGCCCUGACUUGCAGGACUUGACUAAGGCUCGCGACCUCAUCACCACGCUGAUUUCGCAGUUCCGGGCCGAGGCGUCACUUUUGGUCUUGGUUGAGGGGCUUCGCUGCCAGGAGCACUUGGCUCUCUACGCGCCGGGCCACAUGCACUUCGCCGACUACGUCAAGGACCUGCAAAAGGAUCUCGACUCGCCCAGCGCGGUCAUCAAAGACAUGGCAGUCGACGGCCUGCACAACCUCAUGCGCCGCAACGCCGAGGAGAUUAUUGUGACGGCGAAUCCGGGGCUGGAGGACCAGUUGUGGCUGCGCUUGAACGAGGUGCCGGGCCACGACGUCAUCAGGAGCAUGAUGCGCAACUGGCUGCAGCAGACGGCGCUCAGCCACACGGCGGCCUGGGUGCACCGGUGCAACACGGUGCUCACCAAGACGAUCAAGGCGCCCGACGCGCCGUCUGCGGCUAAUGCGGCGACGAAGACGCCCGCAAAGCAGAACGCCGGUAUCGAUCUGCAGGACGAGGAGGUGGCGGGCUUUGCGGCGGCUAGCGGCGCUCCGGCUGAUGAGGGCGCCGUGGUGGGCGAAGCGAUGGAGCUGCUAAAGUGGCAGGUCCGCACGUUUGCUAUGGAUCUUUUGAGUGAGUUGCUUAGCAUUGUGGGGAAGCAGGAGGGGAGCGAGAGCGAGAAGAUUUUGGAGUCGAGGAUCGCGGACGUUGUGAGAGUUGCUUUCUCGGCCAGUACGGCGGGCGUUGUGGGCUUGAGGCUUCGGGGGCUGAGAAUCGUGGAUCAGGUGCUCAAGCUUUUCGGAAAGACGCCCGACCCCGACUUUCCCGAAGUCACGCUGCUGGAGCAGUAUCAGGCGCAGAUCGGCUCGGCGCUCACGCCCGCGUUUGCGGCAGACUCGUCGCCCGAGCUGGCUGCUGCGGCCGUCAACGUGUGCGCGACAUUCAUCGCCACCGGCAUCGUCACCGACGUCGACCGCAUGGGCCGUAUUCUGAAGCUGCUCGUGUCGGCGCUGGAGAACUUCUCGAGCGACGCCGAGACGGCAUCGAUUGGCGACCUCAAGGGCCUGUCAUCCAACGCGCAGGUCAUGGUGAAGAUGGCGGUCUUCUCGGCGUGGGCAGAGCUGCAGAUUGCCAGCGCCGAGCAGCGGUACCUAGUGGACGUGCUGAACCCGCACAUCGCCAAGCUGACGCCGCUAUGGCUGUCAAGCCUGCGCGAGUUUGCGCGACUGCGCUUCGAGCCGGACAUAUCGACGACAGCGGGCGGGCCGACCAGCAUGUCGGGCAGCCUGGACACGAUCUACGCGGCGCUGAACCGCGAGACGCUGCUGAAGUUCUACCAGGACUCGUGGCUGAACCUGGUCGACGCGAUCGCGAGCCUGAUCGACGAGGACAGCGAGUUUGUAUUUGACGCGCUGGACGGGAAGACGGAGCUGGACGAGUCGACGGGCGAGCCCAAGGCCGCGCCCGACAUCAACUACCGCGACGAGCCGGUGGCGUUUUUCUUCGUGCUGUUCGGCCUCGCGUUCGAGGCGCUCGUCACGUCGGGCCGGCCCGGCAGCCGCGACGCGGCGUCCUCGUCUUCGGCGGCCGUGGUGGGCGCGCCUGCCAAAAAGGGCCAGACGCUAGAGAUCCUGCGCGCGCUGAAGAAUAUCCUGCGCCCGAGCGUCAGCGGGCACGCCAUCUACCAGGAGGUCGUCUUUGGCGAGACAAUGGACAUGCUGGACCGGCUGGUGCUGACCGAGGGCUUGGACGUCCAGGCUGUCAUUGUUGAUAUUGCAAGGAAUUUGUGCAUGGGGCACCCGAGUGCGGUUAGGGCCCCGGAUGCCCCGCCCGGCGAGGAGACGCUGUCGGACGAUAUUGAGCAGCUGUUUGAGCUGACGCGGAUUAUUGUGCUGGUGCUUGCGGGGCUGAUUCCGGGGAUUGGCGAUCCGGGCGCGCAUGCCCGCCACGCCCUGACGGACGAAUCCGUCACGCUGAUCCACAGCGCCCUGUCGGCCCUCGUCGACGCCGCCGCCGUCUUCCCCACCAUCAUCCGCACCGACUUGCACGCCUGCCUGCUGCAGAUCUUCAUCACCAUCCUCGGCACGCCCUCGACCCAGGCCCUCGUCGUGCCGCAGGUGCUGCCGCUGUUCCGGCGCUUCGUCGCCUCAUUGGCACAGGCACCACAACCGCAAGUGCAGCCGCAAUCCCCGACGGCGCAGCAGCAGGAUCUCCCCACGCAAGCCCAGCUGCGCAGCACCCUCGACCGCUUCCUAGCCAUCAUCGCGCACGCCCAGCUGCGCGAGCACGAGGCCGCCCUCCCCGCCGAGAAAAACACCCUCAUGGCACUGACGAUGCUGCUGAGCUGCGCGGCGCGCGCCCUCGACCCGCUGGACCCGCUGCUCGAGCGCGCGGUCGGCACGCUGCUCGAUUGCUUGAACAACCGCAUGACGUCAAAGGUCGCGGCGAACUGUGCUCGCUCGCUGCUGCUGCUGCCGAAGCGCGCAGGCGCAGCCACCGAGCAGCAGCAGCAGCCGCAGCUCACGACAGAAGCAGCCCUCGCCCGCCUCCUCCUCCCCCGCCUCGUCGCUUUCCUCGCAAACCCCUCGGACCUGGAAGACCUGGCCGAGAGCCGCGCGCUCGUCGCCCGCGCGCUGACCGCUUUCGUCGCCUCGCUCGCCCAAGGCGGGAACUCUGCUGCUGCGGCUGCGGCCAUGGCGCUGGUUAUCCCUGCGCUCUUGGCGCGCGCGGCGAGGGAGCCGGGGGCGGAUGGCGCUGCUGUGGCGGCUGCUACCGCGUCCUCCCCUUCUGGGGCUCCUUCGUCGGGGGCUCCUUCGUCGCCGACGCCCCUGGUCCAGGAAACAGCAGCACGCAUCCUAGAGCUCGCGGCCGCGGACCAAGCGGCUUUUGUGGCGACGGCUACCGGGGGACUGGCGCCUGGCGUGCGCGCGUUCAUGGAGGGCGUGGUUAGGAGUGGCGCGCAAGGGGCGGCGGGCGGGAGGAAGGAGGAGGAGAGUGUGAGGGAGGAGGGGGCGGGUGAGGGGCCGAGGAUUGCGCUGAGGAUGGAUUUUUAGAG